UUAUCCAUUUCUCUAAUCGCUUCGGCGAAGUAGUGAAGCGUAGCUUAAGUGUUAGUGUCUGCUUCGUUUGGAUGACAAGUUGUGAAGGUGUGAAAGUGUGAACCGAACCGCAUGUUAUCAGUGGGAUGGUGUGUUUCUUUUGUUGACGUCGUCGUCGUCGUCCCUACGAGGUCAUGCGGGUGGCCCUACCAAUUUUGGGACCGUCACUCUGUUGUUAGUGCGAGCGGGGUUUAAAACAGUGCUGCCUUUUGCGUUUGCUUUGGUGUUUGUUGCUCAGUGCGUGUGUGGUGACGAUUGCAUAAAGUAGGCAGAUUCGGAAUUCCAGUGGCUCUGCUGUGGUGUACGGGGCGUGGAGCAACAUUUCGGCGGAUCGAAGCAACGCCUGCUAUUAUUAAACUGCUGGCUCAUCUGGUAUGCACUUGUCGUCGCACAUGCAUUGAAUAUUCGAUCCGAAAAUCGAUCCCUUCACACCCAGAACACAGAACACAUCAUCUUCGUUUGUACGCGGAGUUUAAUUACUGCCGACGGGUGGUUGUUAUGAAACAAAUCCUGCUCCCCGACGAACGAUAACGCGCGAGCGGCCGAAUGAAUUAGUGCGAUUGGCUAGAAUUUGCUGCAACACAGCCAGCGUGUGUAUUGAUUGGCGCUUGAUGGAAUACGCUGUACCGCGAGUCACACAGCGAGCCAGUUAAUACGCGGGAACCUUUGCGGGAAUGUGUACCGCUUCCGCGCGAGAACAAACGAUGGACGAGCUGCAGGAUUGGGAGUACGUCAAGCGGGGCAUCACCCUGUGGCUGAACAACAUGCCCAAGGCGGCGGAGGACAGCUUCAAGGAUCGCCCGUCCAGCGUGCAUAUUGUCGCUGGGCACACAUUCAUCUCGUUCAUGAACGCCGUGAUAUCGUGGGAAACGGAAAAGAUGAACGAAGCCCAGUCGCGCCUACGCGAACUCGAGAAGCAGUGUGCGGGCGACGUUGGCUGGCUGAAAUCGGUUCGAUCGAAGCUGUUCGGCUCUAGUGAGCCUCGCAAAUCGCUAACCGAGACGCUGGAGGAGCAGAUAAUUUUGGCCGACAGUCAGCUGUGCCUAGCCAUACUGGUGUCGCUGGGCCAGGAUAUUGGUGGAUUCGUCAAGGGCGGCUGGCUGUUGCGCAAGGCGUGGAAAGUGUACCAGCACACGUAUCAACAGAUUUAUCAGCUGUAUUCCGAACAGCUGCAAUCGGAUGGCGACGCGUCCUUUCCGCAGGCACCGCUGCGGCUACAGCAACAGUCGAAGGACGGUGAUGCUGGGAUGAGGGUUUCGCUUGACUUGGGCACUCCUUGUUCGGCCGAUUGGACGGUACCAAAUUCGACGCUGCAAUCUCCGGACGAUUCCAGCAAGUGGUCAUCGCACCUUGAAGCUCUGCGCAAAUCGAAAACUACAACCUUUGAAUUGCCAGACUCUGGCCGUGGAGAAGGGUCGUCAUUUAGCGAGCUGACGUCGAGCGAGUCCGAUCCGAGUGGCAGUGGUGGAAGCGUGAAAAAAAGCUACACCACAGACUUUGUCGGCAUUACGAGCCCUUCGCGUGCUGGGAGCAGUACAGAAUCUCUGGACCACAACGAUACGAACGGACUGGAGAACGUUACCGUUGCACGGGAUCGUUUAAUGUUGGAUCUGGGCCAGGGAAGUGCACGUCGUGUUAACGGGCUCCAUGGCAUGCAGCCACCACCAAAAGCAAGCCCAAACUGGCGGUCGUUUAAUACUCCUGCUGGCGAGUCCCAUGCCCCUGACGAAAUACUGCCCGAAGACAUUCAUCGUCUGAUGGGGGCGAUCAGCUUCGGAUAUGGUGUGUUCCAGCUGAGUAUUUCGCUGUUGCCGCCGAGCUUGCUUAAACUGAUCAGCUUUCUCGGGUUCGAAGGGGACCGGGCAAUGGGAAUAGCGUGCUUGAGCUUUUCCCGCCAAAGCACCGACAUGCGCGCCCCGUUGGCCACGCUGGCCCUGCUAUGGUACUACACGAUUGUGACACCGUUUUUCGCACUGGAUGGGUCAAACUUGAGCAUGGAAAUUAGCGCCGCACAGGAGCUGAUUGAUGAAGCGAACGAGCAGUUUGCGAAAUCUUCACUUUUCCUGUUCUUCCGGGGUCGUGUCGAGCGGUUAAAGUCCCACAUUCAGGAUGCAAUACGUGCCUACGAACUGGCCUAUCGAUCAUCGGCUCAGCGGGAAAUCAAGUUGCUCUGUCUGCAUGAAAUCGGCUGGUGUCGGCUGAUACAGCUGGACUACGGAACUGCGAUGAGGAAUUUUAAAGAGCUCAAGGUAUGCAGCCAGUUUUCCAAGAGUUUCUAUUCCUACCUGACCGCAAUAUGUGAAGGUUCGUUUGGGCAGUUUUCCAACCUUGUCAAAUGGCGGGCAGAAAUACUGGAAUUGAUCAAUCGCUCGCCGCAGAAGGACUCGCAAAUCGAACGGUACAUAUUUCGACGCUGCUUAAAGCUGCCGCGGGCGGAAAGUGGAGAGCAGCCCAAGUACAGCAGUUCCCUCUACUGGAAGUAUCUGGUGUUUGAGAUGCUGUUUCUCUGGAAUGCACUGAGCAGCUGCAACGAGGAGCAACUGGCAAGCAUGGUGGCGGACUGUUCGCAACCAACGGACGCAUUCAGCGAGCCGAUGGUUGGAAUCUCCCGGUUGAUUUUAGGUGCCUGUCUGAGCUGUCUGGCCCGCUACGAGGAAGCAAUUGGCGCGUUUCGGGAGUGUAUCUUCAUGCGGGAAACGUUAGAGCACCAGGAGCAGCAGGAUAUGCAUAUUUCCGCCUUUGCAUACUACGAACUGGCCGUGCUGCUGCUUCGCCAAGAUGCUGCGGGCGAAGAUGGCAGAGCAGAAGCACGCCGAUUGCUUCUGCACGCGCAGCAACACUUUAAGAACUACGACUUUGAUAAUCGCGUCAGCGUACGCAUUCACACUGUGCUGAAGAGGCUGGAUUAAGGGGCUGCAGGCGGUCGAGAAGCGCCUUGCGGGAAGCAUUUUAUAAGUUUAGACGAUAUAGUUUGAUAGUGCCUUAUUUAUUGAAACCACACACUAAAUGUUAGCUUGCGAGUAAUGGAGGUAAUUUAGGCAGGAAAGCAAAAAGCCGAAAGCUAUUCCAAAGAAGUGUGAAAGGAGCACGCAUUUAACGGCGCCUCUCAUUACGUACUUGCUGGUCAAGGAAGGUAGAUAGGAUGCCACACACACAGUGUCACAGUAGAUAGAUGCGUGUUUUUUUCUUUCUUGGUCACCAGUGCUGAUGCAAAGUAGAAGCAAUGUUGUUGAUAUGUCCCAAUAAUAAUCCCCAAAUACAAUACAAAGCGCAAAAAGGUUCAACAAUCGCUAAUGGAAAACAAAAAGCGUAAACAGGAAACAAUAAAUUUUAUACCAAUACCAAAUUUGAAGCAAUUGUCCUAUUGUUGAAGUCACAGAAUCGCAAACUAUCGCAAUAAAAAUAAAAAUCCCUGAUUAAGAAGAGCA